AUGGAAAAAGGCAAGAGUAUCGAUGUAAAGCUGACUGAAGAGGAUUUGAGGAUGGAAUUGCAGCGGCUCAGACAGGAGAUUCAAGAAACCAGAGAAAUGAGAAUAGAAGUGCAAAGGGCGUUUAUCAAAUUAUUCAUUGAUAGGAAUAAUCGGAAAUCUCGGACAAAGGCCUUCAAAAUUGCUGUUUCUCAACCAGGGGUGGAAUCAGCAGCUAUAAAGGAAGGUGAAGAUUUCCAAUUAGAAGUAGUGGGAGACAUUGACGCAGUAGAUCUUACGAACUGCCUCAGGAAGAAAUUGGGCCACGCUCAGCUACUGAGCGUUGGCCCUGUUGUCGUUGUUACUGAUAGUGACAACGACAACGACAACGACAACUUGGGAGGGGGUACAGGUUUCGAUGCAAAUCCGCAACCCCAUAGUUACCCAUAUUUUGGCGUACCUCAAUACCAAGUUUAUGAAGUUAGCGACCCGAACCCGGAAUGUUGCUCCAUUAUGUGAAAUGUUAAUUACUUGGAUUAUAUUGCAUGAAAUGUAACGGUCUAUAUGUCGGAGCAAAUUAAUCAAUCGAUGA